AUGAAGACGUCAGCGGUAUCACGACGAUUCCAUAGCCGCGAACCUGAUGCCAACAGCCUCGAAUUGUCUUCUCUCACUCUGCCACUGCAGGAAGCCUCUCAACAGAUUGACAGUUCUCCAUUGCAUUUGUCAGUCGGACAACCAGCGCGGAAGAGUCAGAGGAGAGACCCCGAGCAGCAAGAUAUCACAGAGCGGUCAGAGCCCGACGCCGAAACAUCUUUACUCAACGAAAGAAGGGCCUCGAAGGAGGAGAUCCCAAACCGCUAUUCAGCGCCAGCUCGAUGGAACGCCCUCGGUUUCGUGGGGCUCUGCAUCAUAGUCCCGGGAACCGUUGUGAUCUUGGCGGCCACCGCCUUCCUGGCCUACCUCUGGCAGUCCUCGAUGCGCGCGAGAGCCGGACAGUCGCAGGGCAGCCAUGGUGGGUUGUGGGACCUGAUCGUGCUGUCUAACUGGACCUCGGUAACCGUCACCCUCACCGCCGCUGUCGUGCGCGUCUGUCUCGCGCUCCAGAUGGGCGUUCUCACCGGCAUGAUCGCCUCUCUCUUGAUUGAGAAGUCCGGCGUUCCCAUGGGCUCGGCCCUAUUCGUGUCUAUACUGCGGGCCGUCUCUGCGUCCCCCUAUCACCUGGUCUCGAGAGCUGCGCUGACGACGCCCUUCGCCAUCGCCGUCGGCCUUGGGGUGCUUCUGACAGGCGCGUCCCAAUUCACGUCGACGGCGCUUCUGUUCGAUUUCGACCUCGCCAACAUCACAACGCUGAAGCAGACGGUUGUGUUGCCUUACGGCAGCAGCCAGCCAGAGAAUCCGAGUGUCGACGGCCUCGACAGUCCAGUCGGCACGCUCCGAGGGUCGAAAAUCUGGAAUUCCCAGCCCGACACGUAUUUUCGGUUUGCUGAACAGAAAUUCCCGGGUCCUGUUUCCAAUGUCGAUGUCGGUGUCGACGUCGAUGAUUCGGGCACAACGCUACGGGCAAUCUUGCCGUUCACCAGCGCUGUGAACCGUACGAAGCUGCGACAGUACGAUGGCCCCGCCGUCGUGUUCGACUCCAGAGUAGCAUGCAUGCGGCCCGUUGUCCAGGAUCUUCGACUUUCCAUAGUAGACGGCGGGCCAUUAUACAGACGAAUCCACCACUUCGACGAGGUUCUUAUCGGCGGUCGAUGGUCAACUCCCAAGGAGCCCACGUCGGCCUUGGAAACAGAAUACAGGAGAAGUCUGUGGCCAUUCAACUGCGUCAUGCUCACGCCCAAGGCCGUCGAAGAGGCCAAGUAUUGGCCGGUAUCCAUCUGUGCAGCUCUGGGCGGGUCGUCGACGUGGGACUCCAUAUUCGCCGAGAUGCCCGGGCUUCGUUCCACGGUGCUCCCCAUGUCCAAAGACAGAAGCAGAAGCAUCUUCCACGUCUUCAACACGACGGGGUCGAUAGAAUCAUGGGGGAAGCACCUGUUGACGAACGAAAUCCCGGAGAACGGAAACUACCUCGCGACGCAUUCUCUCGAACAGCUAAACUGGACGUCGUCCGAGGAAGGGAUCUGGGUACACCUGCGGCCACCAGCCGGCUCCAUCAACGCCAGCGUGUCCAUCAGCACAUGCUUCACAAACCUUCCCGGGAUUUUCCAGCACGUCGAAAUGUCCAGCGAUCAAGACGGCGCUGAGCCCGGUCUCUCGUGGGACAGAGUAAACGCGCGGUAUGAGACGGCCCCGAUUCGAGAUCAGUAUGAAAACCUCGGCGACAACACAGCAGUGCGUGAUUCACGGGGCAUCCUGACCCUACACCCGAAGACCGGCUGGGGCUUCGAGGAGGACGAGAGGAACAUGACGGAGACCACCAAGUCCAGGUCACGGAUGCCCUUCAGCAGCGUGGCCGACGGUCUGCCUUAUAUGAGUCUGAGCGGCGCCCAGCGGGACCUCGAAGUUCUAGCUAGCGGAAUCCUGGUUCCCGGCGCGUUUUCCCCGUACGCCGUGCACUACGCGCAUGCCGCGCUCUUCCAGGACAUGGCCAUGACUACCGGCAGUCUGGCGCAAGGACUACAGGGGCUCUUUACCGUUCUUCGGCAAAUGGCGUACUAUGAGAUUUCUCCGUAUUUUGAUAUGCAAUCGCCGGCUUCGUUGAUCCUCUCGAACGAGAGGCUUAUACCUGUGCGAUGGACCGGUUUCACCGUCGUUGUCGGCAUGGUUUUUAUCCAUUUGGUUCUCCUUGCUGUUAUCUUGGUCCUGUUCUUCAAGUUCACUCGGCUGAGUUGGCUUGGAAAUGUGUGGAUGUCAUUGAGCCAGGUUGUGUCGUUGGAAACACAGGAUUUGAUUGACAAGAGUACAGACAAGUUGGAUAAGGAGGUGGAAAAGGCGAUCAAGGGAGAAACAUCCAGAGCAGGCACAGGAUCAACGGAACGGGUCAGGAUCAAAAGAAAUGAUCUGAGGGGGAGAAGCGAGGUUUCCUAUUGA